AUGCUGCCGCAGCCGGCCUUGUACACAUCCACGGCAUCAGGCGCUGCAUCUCCUGGUUCUCCACACCAGGCCUUCGAUCCAAGCCUGGAGCAAUUCAUACGCCAAGGGUUCCUGGUUCUUCCGCCAGCUGGAAGCCUCCAACUGCAUGACACCAUCUACUCGAAAGCGUGGGCCAUCAAUGCCAGGGGUCCCGAAGAGACUUGGAAGCUGGCUGAUGGCGUUUUGGCCGCCAUCCCCGAGCUUCAGCAGGUCUUGGAAGUGCCGCACGUGCGCAGUGCGCUCACCAACGUCCUGGGGGAAGGCUACAUGCUCCACGGGCACAGGCACCUGCACGUGAGCUCAGCCAACAAUCAGAUGUGGCACAAGGACUCCUACUGGGGCUUCCGUAAAAUCCGGAAGCAUCGGCCGCGCUGGCUGAUGAUGCUUUACUACCCACAGGAUACGAUUAUCGCCAUGGGGCCAACGUGUAUCAUGGCUGGAUCUCAGUAUUGGACCAAGAACACGGAGCAUACAGAGUGCGGAGAAGACAUACUGCUUCCCAACUCCGGCGUGCAGAGCAUGUUUCUCCCUCCUGGGAGCCCCUCAACUCAGACACGUGCUCUUCAUGAGGCUAAGGCUAAGUAUCUGCAGCAGGACACGAGUCUGGUUCAAGACCUGGAACUGACGGUGCCUGCUGGCACAUGCGUGCUCAUGCACUACGACUUGUUCCAUAGAGCCAGCUCUCGCUCGGCUGGAAGCACGGCACCAGAGCGCUUUUUGGUGAAGUUCCAGUUCCUGAGGACGACCGAGCCGUGCCUAGCCUCGGCCGCGUUCCUCCCCAUACCCUCGAGCCCGGCACAUCCACAGCUUGAGCCGAUUCUCGGGGACAUCCGCGCCUGGUACUGUGGAAUCCAGACCGAGCAUUGCAACUCCUUGCUUUCAGAGAGAGCAAAGGAUGCGGAGAUCCUGUCCUCCGAGGCGUCCGAGGUGGACAAGGUGGCGGCAGCAUACCGCCUGGGACGCGUGGGCGCGCGGCAGCUCCUUGCAAGGGCUUUGACGGCCGAGGACGAGGGCACUGCUCGAGCAGCAGCCUACGGCCUCACAGCUUCCGGGCCAAGUGCUACGGCGUCUGUGCUGCCGCUUCUCACGAAUGCCUCAAAUCGCGUUCGGCGCCACGCCGCCUUUGUGGUGGGCGAGACCGCGAAGCCCGAGGCAUCGACCGUCACGGCACUUGGCCAAGCACUCCAGGAAGAUUCCAGCAAAGAAGCCAAGUGCGAGCUCUUGGAGGCAAUAGGGUUGCUGGGUGCUCGAGCUCGUUCCCUUGGGCAAGAUGAAUUGUGCAAUUCGUGCAUGCAGCAUGUUCUUCCAUUUUUGGAGCAAUCCGGAGUUACCUGGGCAAAGACUCAAACCGGCGAAUGCGCAGCCUAUGCCAUUUUGCUGACGGCUGGGCUGAGGGGCCAGGUGCCACCGCAGGUCCUUGCCAAGCUCGCGACUGUAGCAAAUGUCUCGAAGGGUGGUGAUCACCUUAUGGCAACUUUUGCUGCCGAGGUGCUUCGGCGCAACGGGACCGCGGUAUCACAGAUUCCAUGUUUGCAGUUCGUACUGCCAGGAGCUGAGGCUGUUGAGCCACCUGCCAAGCGCCCAAGUCCAAGCUACACGGCCUACAGGGUGCAGCCUCACCAGCCUCACCCCGUCACAUCGAUGUUGAGGAGCCCUUUAGAAAAGGCCCAGUGGGCGCGGCCAGAGGUCAAAGAGGUGAAGGUCGCCAGCUACGUGGUCAGGCGCCCCUCUCCGGACCCUUUUGGGCAAGACUUCAAGGUGAAUUGGCCUGCGCCAGAGGUCUUCUUGGAGUUAUCAGGUGAGACCUGGCAAACGAGGAUGGAUACAUCAUCGUACGUCUCCACUUGA